AUGGGUAAUUGUUAAAUAGAUUUUUAAGGAGAAAAAUCCUCUAGAUUGACCAUCUCUUCCACAAACGAAAUUCAAUUAUUUAAAUCUGAAGCUGAUAUCCAGUAGAAAAAUUUGGAACUUAGAAAGGCUAUUAAAAGUCUUGAGGCAAAAGGGUACGGAAUAACUUAGAUUUUAAAAUUUGAAGACUUUGAAGUAAUUGCUACUGUAUAGGAAAAGUCAACCGAAGAUAUGAAAAAAUUUACUGUUAAAAUAUUUUUCAACAGGCUAAGAAACGAGUGUCUCUUUGAUAUUUUUGACCACAGCCCUGAAGCCACAAUUUAAAAUGAGCAAGAUAAAAGAUAAUUAAAAUUGGAGGCGUAAAAUCUCCAAAAGUGUAUUCAUGAUAAUAUUGUUUAAAUUCACAGUUACUACAUUUAAGAUGGUAUUUCUUAUAUUUUUAUGGAGGAGUGCAAAUAUAGCUUAGCUUAAUGUAUAGAAUAUAGACACCAUCUGAGUGAAAUCUAAAUAAUAGAAAUAAUUUCAGAGCUAGUAAGUGGAAUGAGCUAUUUACAUUAACAUAAUCUCCUAGUAGGAGAUUUUAACUUUUAAAAUAUUCUUUAUGACAGUCAAAAUAAAUUGAAAAUCACUUCUUUAAUUUUUAACAAAGCAUCGCUUAUUAACGGAAAGUUCUGUCUCUAUAAAAAAUCUUUUUAUUAACAACUCAACCCUAUUUUUUUACCUCCUCAUAUCAAAAAGAUUGUCGUCUAAUUCCAUGAAGAUCAUGAUGAAUCAUUAUUCGAUGAUCACUCGAUUAUUUAUGACUAAUCCUGUGAUAUUUGGGGUCUUGGUAUCUUAAUUUACAUUUUGAUGGGUUAGCAUAUUGAUUUUGUAAAAUAAUAUGGAAUUAGAAGAGAUACCAGCACUUACAAAGAAAUUCCUUCUAUGAGCUAAGAAUUAAAUAAGCUAGCUAAAUAAAUGCUAGAUUGUGAAAAUUCAAUCAACCUUACAAUAUUUGAUAUUAAGACUAUGCUAAAUAAUUCCGUAAUUUAAGAUGCUUAAAAAAGAAUAAAAACUUUGAAUGAUGAAGAAUAAGAUGAAAACUAAGAAACAGGAGUCUCUUAUAAAGGAUUAAGUAGGACAAAUACAUAUGAAGCUGAUCGUAGAUCCUAAUUUAAUUAAAAGCCCGCUGACAAGCUUUUGUUUUAAACUGAUAGCUUGAAGUCUAAUUAAUGUUCCCAAUCUAUUAAAAGUCCAGAUCACUUUGAUAAUUUAGACAAUGACAAUCUUGAUAAGGCUUCUUGCAUAAAAAUUGGUAAUACGUAUCAAAGAGAAUAACAAUUUGAUACAGCAGAGCAAUACUAUCGUAAGGCUCUUGAAUUCGACCCAUAUUAUGUGCCUGCUAUGAUAAAUUUAGCUAAUUUGUAUCUUUAAAAUGAAGCAAAAUCUUAACAAGCAGAGGAAAUUUUAAACAAUGCUGCUAAGAUAGAUUCCAAAAAUACAGAUGUUUAUUUGAUGUUAGGAAAAUACUAUUCUUAAAAGAAGAUGUGGAAACAAGCUUACGAUAGUUUCAGUUAAGUUUAUUCUUCAGACCCUAAUAAUUAUAAUAAUAUUUUGACUAUGGGAGCUAUCUUAGAAGAAAAUAAGAAUUAUAAAUAAGCUCUUUAAAUUUAUUAAAUAGCAACAUAAACUAGUCCAUGCAAGGCCACUGCGUAUAUAAGAUGUGCUGAACUCUAAUUAAUUUACUCUGAGAAGGAAUCUGAAGGAAAAGAAAGCCUUAAAAAAGCCCUUUAAAUCGAUAGCGCUAAUAAAAUUGUUAAGCUCUAUCUUGGUAUCCUUUCUAGAGACAUCACUCUAAAAGAAGAUAUAAAGAGAUAUUUAGAACCUAAAAAGAAUUCGAUUGAAAAUUGCAAAUAUUAUCUAAAUGCAGGAAUUAUAUUCGCUAAAUACUAGCGCAAUUACAUAGCAGCUUAGCACUGCUUCGAAGUAUGUAUUGAGCUUGCAGAAUUAUCAACACCUCUUUACAAUAGAGCUGUUUGGUACCUCGCUGAUUGUCUCUAGAAUAUUAGCAUAUAAAAAUAAAAAAUCAGAGAAGUUAAAUAAAAUGCAUUAAAAGAUGAAUAAGAUGAUUGA